UCAUGCACACCUAAAGUAUAUAAGGAUUUAAUCAACAUAUUUUUCUUCAAACCUAUAACUUGGCAUCUCCAUUUAAAAGAUACAUCCACAUCUCCCCUCCCCAGCAUUAUUCUGACCAAAAUUUCAGAUCCAGAAAGUAAGGCUACUAGAAAGGACAUUGGCUUUAAUAAAUCUGCCAUUUCUAAAGAGACAUGUUGGGAAAAAAAAAAGUGUGAAAGGACUCUGUACUAUUUCAUCUGUCCUACGGUAGAAAAUACUAAGGAUUUUUUUAGCUUCCUUUCAGCACACCAUGUAAUUCAUCAUACAUGUAAAAAAUAAAAUUGAAGUCAUGUACUGAUUUAAUUUCUCCCAGUGUAUUUAGAGAAAACUAAUUGCCUGAGAAAAGGCAGUUUUUACAGAUGAAAAGUAAUAUUAUUGAGAAAUGAUGUGGCAUAGUUAAGAUGCCUUUUGAAAUGAUUUUUAACAAAUAACAGUUUCUUUGAAUUUCAUAGGAGCAGAGAUUAUCAGAUGUCAACCCUUCCUGGACCAUUUUAAUGAUGCAUUCAUGGAUCUCAAGUCCUGUAAAGCUUUGCUUGACAUUAAAAUAUGGACUUCUAAGGGCAGUUGGUUGCUGGUUACCAUUCAACUAAUGAUGAUAUAUAGUUUUGUGAAAAACAGAACUUAAAAAGUAUAGUGUGAGAUACAUCUGAGUUUGAGAUGGGGAAGUAAGCAAAAAAUAUACGUGCACAAUUCAAAAUUUGGAUAGCAGAACAACUGCUUUAUAAUAAACUCAAAAGACCUGUUCUUAAAUUUACUGAAAUGAUUACUAGUUCACUCAGCUUGAGUUAUAUUAAAAACUUGUAUUAACUCCUGGCUUAGAGGUGCAAUGGCGUGCUUCCUCUAUGUUGUAUGAUAACAAGCUAUUUUAAAAGAUUUCACCAAGGUGAAAGUCUGAACUUUCUGUUUGUAAUUGAUUGACCACUUAUCCCUAACUUGAGGAAGAGAAGAGUUAGCCAGCCUGGGGGGAGGGUGCCUCAGAGAGAGGAAAAAAUCUAUGAAUGCAGAAUUUUUAAUCUUUCAAUGUUGUUAAGAAUUUUGCUGCACAGGUCAGGAAAAUCAGUUAUGGUUCCCAUGGGAACCGUAACUAAUUCUGCUUCAUUAUGUAUUUGCAUGCAAAACCUAAAUGUAUUAGGGGAUAGGGUAGCCCUAGAGCUGUAAUUCUGAUUUUCUUACCUCUUGUAUGUUAAAACCGUACACCACAGUGUCACUUCAGUGUUUUAACCUUGCCCCUAAAAGAAAGAGUGGUUAGCCAUAGCUCUGCAUCUGUCACAUGUGACUUCUGAAUGCAGAAAGGGAAACAAGCCAUAGAAAAGCCUUCAGUGUCAAGUGCCUAAGUUACAGCUUAUAUCAUGCAACCACAGAGAAGGGAGAUUCAGGGGCCUAGUGGACAUUUAGUACCCUUUAACUUCAGUCAGAUAUCACAUUCACAUGUGGGCUGAGAUUUGCAUGGGCAUGUAUAAUCUCAGAAUGUACAGCUUUUUUAACAUGUUCAGUAUUUCUGCAGGCUCUGCAACCAAGUAUUAUUUUAAUAAGUUCAAGACUUUGGAGAUUAGUGCUGAUGCACGAGACCCAAUUAAAUCUUUAAUACUAAAAGCAGCAUAGUCUUGAUUUUGUUAUUUCUUAUUGCACUUCAAGAAAAAAAUACAGACCCCCCAUGACAUUAAUUUUCUUCUGUGGAAGAUACUUAAUAUACUUAAGUCUUAGAAAGUAAAAAAAAAAAUUGUUGCUUUGAUACAGAAAUCCAAAACAUUGAUCUUUAAGUGACAAGAAUUAGUGAAGCCGAAAAGAGUACCAGAAAACAAUCUUCCAUUGAAUCAAAGAAUUUUAGUCCAACGGAGAAUACAGAUGGAGAUGUUCCCCACUUGUAGCCUGCUUGCCUCAUCACCACACAAAAUGGGAAAGAAACAGAAUGGCAAAGGUAAAAAAGUUGAAGAGGCAGAGUCUGAAGAAUUUGUUGUAGAGAAGGUCCUCGACAGACGUGUUCAAAAUGGAAAGGUGGAAUACUUCUUGAAGUGGAAAGGAUUUACAGAUGCUGACAACACAUGGGAACCUGAAGAGAACUUAGAUUGUCCAGAGCUAAUUGAAGCUUUUUUGAACUCUCAGAAAGCUGGUAAAGAAAAAACAGACGGUGCCAAAAGAAAAUCUUUGUCAGAUAGCGAAUCUGAUGAUAGUAAAUCAAAGAAAAAACGUGAUUCUGUUGAUAAACCAAGAGGGUUUGCAAGGGGUCUUGCUCCUGAGCGGAUAAUUGGGGCUACGGAUAGCAGUGGAGAGCUUAUGUUCCUCAUGAAAUGGAAAGGCUCUGAUGAGGCAGAUCUGGUGCUGGCCAAAGACGCUAACAAGGAGUGUCCUCAGAUCGUAAUCGCUUUUUAUGAAGAACGACUAACUUGGCAUUCAUGCCCAGAAGAUGAAGCACAAUAAUUGUUUGCAUUGCUUUUUUUAUAUAUAAGAAUAUUAAAACCUAAAGUUUGAUUUAUUAGCAAUGUGAGAAGCAUACAUUCUAACCAGUUUCGAAUUUGAUAUUUUUUUGAAGUAGUAUGUUUUGCAUCAACAGCAAGUAAAUAAAAGCUUUCUGCAACUUGUUUCAUUUAUCACAAGAGAGCAUUUGAUACUACUACUUCCUCCAUAUUAGGUAAAAGCUUUUAUAAAACAUGGAUGAAUUUCCAUAGUUAUUACAGGAUCAUAAUGAAUGUCUAAACAAACUCACAGAUGUUUUGUAGUCUUCUGUACUAUUGAUGUGCAUGUAUCUUCUUUACCCAAACCUAGCCCUUUAAACCCCUAGGGUCAUUCUUUUUAGUAUUUGGGAUCGCUUGGUCUUCAGAAGACUAGGUGAAAACUAACUUUGUAGUAAUUUGAAUGUUAUCAGACUUGUUAUUAUAUUGUUACUUAUAUUGUUUACUUUAUUGUAAAUACUGGUGAACAGUGGUCAAUAAAAUAGUUUUAUAUUCUUCCUUUA